AUGAAUCGCUUCCGGGUGCGACCAGCCGAGCCGCGGGACUGUUCUCAUAUCAUGCGACUCAUUAGAGAGCUGGCUGCUUAUGAAAACAUGCCUGAAGCAGUAAAAAUAACAGAAACAGAUUUACUUCGAGAUGGUUUUGGAACUCGUCCCUUCUUCCACUGUUUAGUAGCAGAGGUAUCAUCAGAAAACGUAAUGCUAGAUGCAGGUAUUGUAGCUUUUGCUAUGUAUUACUUUACAUACGACCCUUGGAUUGGCAAGCUGUUAUACUUAGAAGACUUCUAUGUUAUGGAACAAUAUAGAGGCUGGGGAAUUGGAUCAGAACUUUUAAAAAAUUUAAGUCAGAUCGCCCUCGAUUCCAACUGUAGCUGCAUGCACUUUCUUGUCGUCGUUUGGAAUAAGCCGUCGAUCGAGUACUACAUGAGGCACGGGGCAUCCGAUCUGUCCACCGAAGAGGGAUGGCACCUCUUCCGCUUUGAUAAAGAGCAUCUCGUCCGAAUGGCAACCGGACAAUAG